UUCAAAAAUUUCAAACCGUUCGGUUGAGACUGGAAUACACCCCUAUACCAUAUACGAUAUAAUAUCUAGCAGACAUGUCUCUGAAAUACUUAUUAAUUGCCUCUGCGGUGCUGAUCGGCGUGUGCCAUGGUGAUGUGUCGGAAAUAAACGACCAAAAAAUCGAUUUGCUAGUGCCAUUCAAUGAUUUGUUGCCGCCACUGCUGGAUGAAUCAACCAUAAGCCCAACCACAAGCUCAACCACAAGCACCAGCCCUACAUCUACCACAACUACAGUGGCACCUCCUCCUCCCACGGCAGCCAUAACGAAACCCACAAAGAAAUCGUAUUACCAAAAGCCCGCUCAGCUCAACAAGGACGAUAAGGUCAAGCCCAGCUCUGGAAAGCAGGCCAUACAGCUUCUCUCGCUGGAUCUGCUGCCGCCCUUCGAGGACGAGGCCAAGCCAGAGGAAUCAAAGCCCCAAGAAGUAGCCAAAGUAGUGGCCGCGAGUGAGCCCAAAUCUGUGGGCAGCCUGGCUCCCACUCCACUGGCAGUACUGAAGCCCCAACAUGUGGCCAAAGUCGCUCCUCCUCCGCAGGCUGUUCUGAAGCCACAGUAUGCACGCAUUGCCUCCCCGGCGAUACAUCCCACACAGGCCUCCAUUGGGGGAAGCUAUACCUCUCGGUUCUCAAACUACUUCCUCACGAGCACCCCGCGGCCACGGCGUGGUCCCCUGCCCACACUGACGCCCUUUCCACGGCACAUCAAGAAGUAGAAAUCCAAUGAAUUAAUUUAGAUAAGAAGUAAAUCAAAAGCAAAGUAAACAACAAACAUAAAAUUAAUUAAGCACAACACAAACUGAACGGAAAACAGAGUGAAUGAGUGGAAAACAUUCUGUAUUAUUUAUAAACGACAGUUUUAAGCGCCACAAGUGAAUUAUGUGAAUUCUGAAAAUAUACGUAAAUUAAAA